AUCCGCUCCCGCGGACCGUCCCCGUCCCCUCCAACCUGCGCCAUGGAGACACCGGGUUGCCCGGCCUUCCCCCCGCCUCGCCGGCCUGGGGGUCCCCCGGGGCUCCCCCGGCCUCCUGCCGCCUUCGCCCUCGGUGCACCGGGGCCCCACCGGCGGCCGCCGCCGCUCAGCCCCCGCCCCGGCCGCUGCCCGCCGGCCCGGGCACAGCCCCGGUACCUGGGGAUCGCCAGCCCGGGCCCCCCCGCCGUGGCCGUCCAUGGGAAGCCCCUGUACCCGGCCGGGGCUGCAGGUGAGAAGGGCUGCAAAGGCGGCUUCCAGACAAUUCCCACAGCCUGCAGGGUCCCCCCGAAAGCCCCGGGGCAAGACUUGGGGUGCCCACUGGCAGCACCCCUUGGCGGUCUCCGGGAACACAGGAUASCCGAGCUCCCCGAGCCCCUGGGCAAGGGCAAGAGCAAGAAGCGGAGGAACAGGACGACCUUCAGCACGUUCCAGCUGGAGGAGCUGGAGAAGGUUUUCCAGAAAACGCAUUAUCCCGACGUCUACGCCCGGGAGCAGCUGGCACUGCGGACAGACCUGACCGAGGCCAGGGUGCAGGUGUGGUUCCAGAACCGACGGGCCAAGUGGCGGAAACGGGAGCGGUACGGGAAAAUCCAGGAGCUGCAUAACAACCCGUGGCCGAGCCCUGGGAGCCCCCCGGGGCUGCUGCCCCCCGAGAGCAUCCCAUCCCCCUGCAUGUCCCCGUACCCCCCAACUCACAGCAACGGUUUCAUGGGCAUCCCCGGCUCCCCGGGCCCCCACCCCGGCAUCAACAGCCUGUACCCCCUGCACGGGCUGCCGCCCCCCGGCCUGGCCCCCCACCCGUUCGAGCCGCCCCCCCAGCACGAGUACAAGGCGCCCACRCUGAUGCCACUGAGGAUGAAGAGCAAAGAAGGGGCCGGGAGCCUCCUGAGCUGGGCCACAUGAUCCCCCCGCGGGAUGGACACGGAGCCUUCAUCCCCCCGGAGUGUUCCCCCUGCUCCCUGGCACCAGGGAGGGGGCUCAGGGUGMUGGGGUCACCUUUCCUCCCUCUCUGCACACCCCGAGCGUUCCCGCAUCCAUCAGGGUGCUGCUGCCCCCCUACCCCCGCUAAGGGGGGGGUCAAUGGGGGGCUGUGGGGAGGAAAGAGGCACCCCCCAAACCCAGGCUACCCCAGCGGGGCUGGCACUGGCAGUUCGGGGCCCCAAAAGCGGCUCCCCAAAAUCCCCGAGCUCUCCCAGCACCUUCAGUGCUGCAGUGGGAUUUGAUGGAGAGUCCCAGUGGUUUCCCCACCAUUCCUAUGUUCCCCCAGGUCCCAGACCAAGCAGCUGAGGAGGGCACUGUGACAGGGCAGGGGAGUUUUGGGGGCAGUUCUCCCCUCCACAGCUGAAAUUUGGGCACUCACCCCGUGCCCAGUGCAACCAGCAAUGGCAGAAAUUGGGCUCUUCCUCUCCCAGUCCCAUACUGGACUGGACUGGRACAGCUGCUGGUGCUGGGGGGGUUACUGGGGGCAGAACCAAGGAGCCCCUAAACCCCCUAAAGCAUCACAGCUCGUCCAGCUCCCCCUUGGAGGGAAAAUGAGACCUUGGCACAGCUCCUGGAGGCCACCGAGCCCCCUGGGAUGGGCAACCAAUCCAUGGGGUGGGGGCUCCAGGAAUAACAGAUCCCAAAUUAAAGGCCUUUUCCCUGGGGGAGUCACCCUGUUACCCCUCAGGAAGGUGUUUUAACCCCAGCAGGUGGGACCCCUCCCAAGUGCUCCAAUGGGGUGUUGGGGGCACUGCUGCUCAGGUUGGGGGGGGUUCUGCAUUUUUGGGGUGUUGUUACUGGUGGUGGGUCUGGGGGGGGAGGGGGGCACCUCGCUGUAUCCAAUGUGUCUCAUCUGCUCCGGGGGUCCCCAGGGGGGCAUCCCGAGUACCCCCGAGUGCCAGCGUGUCCUGUCCCCUCCCCCACCGCAGGGAAACACCACAAACACAGCCAGGAACGGGGGCUCCCCUGGCCCUGCUCRCCCCAGCACCGCGAGAUGCUGGUGCCACUCUGGGUCCAAACCCCCUCCCUGCAAAUCRGCAAUGCCACCCUGCCCCAGUUCCUACCCCCACCUCCUGAUGGGGGUGACACCCCCGUGGGGCACCUGCACCCCCCCAGGGAGGCACCAAACCCGAUUUGGGCCAAACCCCAAGGUUUUUCAGGCAAGCCCCACCACCCUGGGCACUCCAGGAGGCAGCCCAGGGAUGCCCACCCCACCCAGAACAUCUCACACCCCUCCCACCGGUGGGGAUUUUGUUAUUCAUUUCUAAACAAUAAAGCACAUUUUUCGUA